AUGGUGAAUGAAACCGGAAUACAGUGUUUGUUUCUGAUAUAUCACGAAAUACAGAAAACGAAAUCUUUAACAACCAUAUCUGUGAUUGUCUCUGUCUGGAAUGGACUGCUUCUUGUGGUUGCUCUUGUUGCUAACGGGCUCGUGUCCGCGGCAAUACUGAAAAACAGCGAGCUGAGAUCAAGGGCGUCCAAUACACUGUUACUGCUUCUGUCCAUGAGUGACUUCCUCGUCGGCUUUGCUGUUCAACCGUUGUAUCUGCUUCGCCGCUUAUUGGAGCUGCAAGAUCGCUACAUCUGCUGGGUGAUGGUCAGCUAUAGAGUUCUGUGGCAUCUGUCAAUUGGAACUUCGUUCCUAAUUCUCUCUUUCGUUGCAUGUGAACGUUACAUCGCGUUAUUUUACACUUUCAAAUACAACGAGAUCAUCACGAUUUCGCGGUUAGUGCUCUUCACGGGUGUUUUCGUCGCCUCUUGGACGUUGUUCGUGAUCUCGCGGUUUCUUGGCCUCAGUACAGGGAAGUAUUAUGCCGCAGCAACUUCAUUCAUCAUUCUUUUCGUCAGCGUUAUCAUAUUUGUCUACGUUCGCAUCUACAGACUGGCCCGCCGUCAUCAGUCUCAAAUCAGCGUCAUGUUCUCAACCCAGUCUACAACGGUUGCACGAGAGAGUAAAGUCACAAAAACUACAGCUUACAUUGUUGGUGCUGUUUUAAUAUGUUACUCGCCGCUGUUAAUAUCUCUCGUGGUAGUGAAAUUCUUCGACGACAAACUGUUUCAUUAUUAUGUAUUCCCAGUCACUGACUGCAUGGUUUUUUGCAACUCGGCGCUCAAUCCGCUGAUUUAUUGCUGGCGCAAUACUGAUUUGAGGCGAUGCAUUGGAAGAAUGUUGGGAAUUCGCAGUCGGAGAGAAACGCAAUCACAGCAAUUGUUUUCUACAAGACAUCCGCAAAUACGUAACGCUUCAGCAAACGCACAAAAUGUCUCUUGGUAG